CCCACGGCAGCGGCCCCGCGGGGCUGAGCCCGGCCCCGGGCCGCUGAGCCGGCGGCUCUGGGCGCGGCGCGGGAGGACGGGGCGGAGCGGCGAGGGGCGGCGGCGGAGCCGGGGCGAUGUGCCCGCGGUCCCGGCGCGGCGAUGAGGCGGCGAUGACGCCCGAACGAGGGACCGUCCGGCCCUGGAAAGCGGAGCCGGGGCGGGCGGCGGGGGGGCGGCCUCCCCCGGGGCCGUCGCUGCCCCUCACCCUCACCGUGCUGGCCUGGCUGGGCGCCGGCAGCGCCAUGGCCGGGCUCAACAAAUGGAUCUUCGCGGCGCACGGUUUCCGCUACCCGCUGCUGCUGUCGGCCCUGCACAUGCUGUCCGGCGUGGCCGUGGGCUUCCCGCUGGGCUGGGCGCGGGCCCCGGCCCCCCGGCCCCGCGCCAGGAUCUACCUGCUCAGCCUCACCUUCUGCACCAGCGUGGCCUUGGGCAACCUGGGCUUGAGCUACGCGCAGCUGGACGUGGCGCAGGCCGUGGCCACCGGCACGCCGCUGCUCACGCUGCUGCUGUCGGGGCUGCGCGGCGGGCGGCGGCACCACCCGCUGCAGUACGUGGCCAUGGGGCCGGUGUGUGCCGGGGCCGCCUGCGGCAUCGCCGGGGGGCUGCGCUUCUCCCAGCCCGGCUGCGGCUUCCUCCUGGCUGCCACCGUGCUCCGCGCCCUCAAGUCCAUACAGCAGGGUGUGCUGCUGCAGGAGGACCGUCUGGACGCCCGCUCCCUGCUCUGCCUGACCUCGCUGCCCAGCUUCUGCCUGCUCUUCGGGGCAGCCGUGGCGCUGGAGGUGGGUCCGGCCUGGGAGGGGGUCCUGCGCUACGACGGCAGCCUCUGGGCCUGCGUCCUGCUCAGCUGCCUGACCUCUGUCCUCUACAACCUCACCACCUUCUGCGUCCUCUCCCUCACCUCCGCCCUCACCGUCCACGUCCUGGGCAACCUCACCGUGGUGGGCAACCUGCUGCUGUCCCGCCUGCUCUUCGGUAGCCACCUGAGCGGGCUCAGCUACCUGGGCAUCGGGCUGACGCUGGCCGGGACCUUCAUGUACCACCAGCCGGGGCUGGUCGCCGGGGCUCUGCCGGGGCGGCGGCGGCAGUAGGGGCUGGGGCAGGGGCUGGGGGAGACCAGCCCCACGUGCAGGUGUGUGUGCUGGGCUGCAGCUGGGCGUGCAGGGGCUGUGUGUGCACAUGUACUGGGGGACAGCUCUGUGCCCUGUGCACGUGUGUGCUGGUGUGCACAGCUGUGUGUGGCCCUGUGUGCCUGCUUCUGUGUGCACACGUGUGUGCUGCUGUGCAGGGCUCUGUGGCACAUGUGUGUGCUGCUGUGUGUGGCCCUGUGCACACGUGUGCUGGGUGUACAGCUCUGUGCACUGUACACAUGCUGGUGUGCAGGGCUCUGUGCACACGUGUGCUGAGGUGUGUGGUGGUAUGUGCACACGUGUGCUGGUGUGCACACAGGCCUGCUGACAUGCACAGUAGCAUGCACACGGGCGUGUGUUGGUGUGCACAGCUCUGUGUGCACACGUGAGUGUUGGGGCGUGUGCCUCUGUGUGCACACAUGUGCUGGUUUGCACAGCUCUAUGUACAUAGUACUGUGCCCAUGGUGUGCACAAGCUCUUUGUGCACGUGUGUGAUGUGCACAAGUAUGUGCUGCUGUGUGUGGCACUGUGAUCAGCACCAUGUGGCACAAUCUUAAAGGUUUCUUCCAACUGUAAUACUGUGAUUCAAUGUGUGUGUCUGGUCUGUAAGCUCUGUGCAUGUGUGUUGAUGUGCACAGGCUCUCUGUGCAGAUGGGUCUGUGAGUAUGUCUGGGCGUGCACAGGCUCUGCCAGUGUGAGUGUGUCUCUGCACAUGGCUCUGUGUGUGUUUGAGCACAGGUGUGUUGGUGUGUGAAGGCUCUGCAGGUGCAGGUCUCACAUACGUGGGCACGUGUGCGUACAUGUGAACGUGUCUGUGUGCACAGGCUCUGUGUGUGCAAGUGUGUUGCUGUGCAGCUGUGAGCCUUAUGUGCAGCUGUGCACGUGUGUUGGUGUGUGUGGACUGUGUGUGUCCCUGUGAGCCAGUCUGUGUACAGGAGCACGUGUGUCUGUGUUGUGCACAGGCUGUGUGAGUGUGUGUUGGUGUGCACAGGCUGUGUGUGUUGGUGUGCACAGGCUCUGUGUGUGUGUGUUGUGCACAGGCUGUGUGUGUGUGUUGGUGUGCACAGGCUGUGUAUGUGUGUUGUGCACAGACUGUGUGUGUGUUGGUAUUUACAGGCUGUGUGUGUUGUGCACAGGCUGUGUGUGUGUUGGUGUGCACAGGCUGUGUGUGUGUUGGUAUGUACAGGCUGUGUGUGUUGUGUACAGGCUGUGUGUGUUGGUGUGCACAAGGCUGUGUUUGUUGGUGUGCACAGGCUGUGUGUGUUGGUGUUCACAGGCUGUGUGUGUGUUGUGCACAGGCUGUGUGUGUGUGAUGUGCACAGGCUGUGUGUGUGUGUUGGUGUGCACAGGCUGUGUGUAUUGGUGUUCACAGGCUGUGUGUGUGUUGUGCACAGGCUGUAUGUGUGUGUUGUGCACAGGCUGUGUGUGUGUGGUGUGCACAGGCUGUGUGUGUGUUGUGUACAGGCUGUGUGUAUGUUGGUGUGCACAAGGCUGUGUUUGUUGGUGUGCACAGGCUGUGUGUGUUGGUGUGCACAGGCUGUGUGUGUGUGGUGUGCACAGGCUGUGUGUGUGUUGUGUACAGGCUGUGUGUGUGUUGGUGUGCACAAGGCUGUGUUUGUUGGUGUGCACAGGCUGCAUGUGUUUGUUGGUGUGCACAGGCUGUGUGUGUGUUGGUGUUCACAGGCUGUGUGUGUGUUGUGUACAGGCUGUGUUUGUUGGUGUGCACAGGCUGUGUGUGUUGGUGUGCACAGGCUGUGUGUGUGUUGUGUACAGGCUGUGUGUGUGUUGGUGUGCACAGGCUGUGUGUGUGUGGUGUGCACAGGCUGUGUGUGUGUUGUGUACAGGCUGUGUUUGUUGGUGUGCACAAGGCUGUGUUUGUUGGUGUGCACAGGCUGUGUGUGUUGGUGUGCACAGGCUGUGUGUGUGUGGUGUGCACAGGCUGUGUGUGUGUUGAUGUGCACAGACUGUGUGUGUAUUGUGUACAGGCUGUGUGUGUGUGUUGGUGUGCACAGGCUGUGUGUGUUGGUGUUCACAGGCUGUGUGUGUGUUGUGCACAGGCUGUGUUUGUUGGUGUGCACAAGGCUGUGUUUGUUGGUGUGCACAGGCUGUGUGUGUUGGUGUGCACAGGCUGUGUGUGUGUGGUGUGCACAGGCUGUGUGUGUGUUGAUGUGCACAGACUGUGUGUGUAUUGUGUACAGGCUGUGUGUGUGUGUUGGUGUGCACAGGCUGUGUGUGUUGGUGUUCACAGGCUGUGUGUGUGUUGUGCACAGGCUGUAUGUGUGUGUUGAUGUGCACAGACUGUGUGUGUGUUGUGUACAGGCUGUGUGUGUGUUGAUGUGCACAGACCAUGUGUUUGUGUGCACAGUGGCACAAGUACUGCCUGUGUGUGUGUGUGUGUGUGUGUGUGUGUGUGUGUGUGUGCAGUGUGUGUCUGUCUGCUGCCCUGUGUGUGGAAACAGCUCCACGUGGGAGUGUGUGUGCUGUGUACACACAUGUCUGUGUGUGUCUGUGUGCAUGUGUGUGUGUCUGUGUGCACAUGUGUGUCUGUGUGCAUGUGUGUGUGUCUGUGUGCACAUGUGUGUCUGUGUGCACACAUGUGCAUCACUACUGAGCUCUGGGCAGGACUGAACCCAGUGCCACGUGUGCACACGGUUUCUGUGCCCAGACAAGAGCUCCAGGGAUGGGGUGGCUGCGUGUCCCCUCUCCUGUCCCCACGCAGCGCUGUGCUGGUCCUGGGGGCUGUGGUGAGCUGCCAUCACCCUCAGCAGCCCUGCUGUGCCCACCACAGCCCCAGUCCUUGCUGAGAACCCUGCUGAGGGGAUGGGGCUGGCUCAGCCCCACCUGCCGUUGCACUGGGCCGUGGCAGAGGGUGAGCUGUUGUGCCUACACCCGGGCAGCAGCACUGGCACACACGGCUGUGCCGGCCCCACAGGGCUGCUGCCACGCUCACCAUCCCUGUGCUGGUGCCAAGGACUCGGCUCUGAUUGCACUUGUCCCCAAAUAAAGCUCUAUUUUUGUUGUACUCCA